UUGUUUUGUUUACAGUUUUAACAAUAUUGCCAACCAAAACAAUUAAAAUAGAUUUAUAUAUUUUAGCAUAAAAGUUGGCAAGUAAACCAUUGUUUUUUAUUCAUUUCUUGGACGAGGACAAUUUUAAAAUGUGUGGUAGGACUUGUUUAACUUUGGAACCCAGUGAAUUAACAAAAGCAUGUCGUUACCAAUAUCGCCAGGAUAAAAACGACAAAUCAUGUAAAGAAAAAUGUGGAGAAAUAAACCAUGUCACAACUGUUAAAAAGGAGGAGCCGCAAGAUGAAAUUGAGCCAGAAUAUCGUUUGGAAUUUAAUUGCGGUCGCAAAUAUUGUCCCUCUUAUAAUCUGGCACCCACCGAUAUUACACCCGUUCUAGUGUCAACUCACCAUUUUUAUGACGAAGAAGAUUCGAAUAACCACAGAAACACUCGCCUGAUAGUACCCAUGAUGUGGGGCAUGAUACCUUUUUGGCAUAAGGGUGAUUGGCGUAAACAUGGUUUGUCCACAAACAAUUGUCGUUUGGAACAUAUGUUGGAAUCCAAGUUAUAUCGAGGACCCUUUAAGCGUGGCCAACGUUGUGUGAUAUUAUGCGAAGGCUUCUAUGAAUGGCAAACCACCAAGUCUGCUAAACCUUCCGAACGGGCGGCACAUCUAUUAUAUAUGCCACAAAAGGAUGAAAUUAAAAUUUAUGAUCGCAACACUUGGCAGCCAGAGAAUGUAAACCUUUUAAAAAUGGCUGGUCUUUUUGAUAUUUGGGAAGAUGAACAUGGUGAUAAAAUCUAUAGUUACGCCAUAAUAACUUUUGAAUCAUCAAAAAUUAUGUCUUGGCUUCAUCAUCGUAUGCCUGCUAUAUUAGAAACUGAGGAGCAAGUAAAUAAUUGGCUAGAUUUUAAAAAUGUCUCGGACGAGCAAGCUUUAGCCACUUUAAGACCUGCUACCAAAUUGCAAUGGCAUCAAGUAUCAAAUAUAGUCAAUAAUUCUCGCAACAAAACGGAACAAUGUAAUAAACCUAUCGAAAUGGUUAAAAGCCAAAAACCGGCUAUGAAUAAAAUAAUGUCGGCUUGGCUUAAUGUGCGCAAACGCAAAGAAGCCGCUUUAGCACAAUCGGGCAGUGACUUAGACGAUGAAGAACUGCAAAAUGAUCAAUGUGGUGGAACUGCCACUACCAGCGAAAGUGAAUCUGAAUUAACAAUAGCUGCUAAACGGCCACGAUUUAGAGACUAUAAGCGGGCUUUGAGAAAUCUACAGAAUAUUGAAGAUCAGGGCGUACCGACAACCGAUGCAAAUGAGACAAAUUGUGAAAGUGAUAGAGAAGGACAAACUGAUAAUUGAAGGAGGCAGUGCUUCUGAUGCUGUAUAUUUAGAUAUAUGUAUUCCUUAUUGCCAAAAUAAAAUAAAAUUUUUUGUUUUUCUUACAUGUAUGUAUGUAUGUAUAUAUUA